AAUUUGCUAAAAUUAAGGAUGUAAUUGAAGUACGUGGAUACAGAAUGUCUAGCAUUUGUAGCAGAUGGAUACUUCCAGAUACAAAGGAUAUCACCUUCAAAAAUGAUGCCCUGAAAAUUAUGAUAGCGAAUCUUGACAUUGAUAUUAGGGCGAGAUCUGAUAGUGAAGGAGAAAGUAGGGAUUCCGAUAAUGCUAAACAUAUUGAUCAUGUAAAAGUUGAUAAUUUGAUCGAAACCUUGGAUAUCUAG